GGGAAAUAGCAAGUCUUUAUAACUGCAGGUGAAAUGACAGAGAAGAUGGGGAGGGCGUCAGAGAGGAACGGCUGAGGUGGCAAGAGAGUGAGAGUGAUGGGGCCUUGGAAAGAAAGGGGUUUACAUCAAGCCUGCGCUUAAGGAAAAAGUGAGCGGGAUUUAGUAGGUAGAUCUUGAGAAGAGAUGGAGACUUCAAGAGGAAGCUCGGAGGAAUUUAGCAGACAGCAGUUAAUCAAAACAGCUUAGCUGUUGAGUCUUUGCUGUGUGGUCAGUAAGCACUUGGCGGUGUGGCCACAAUUAUGCUUAGUCCUCACCACCUCCUGAGAGAGAGCCCCCACCCGCCACUGCCCUCGCACCGCGCCGCCAUGGAUGACGCGCCGCUGCCAGCGCCCCCGCUCCCCGCCCGGGCCCCAGCCCCGGCCCCAGCUCCGCCCGCUGCUGCCCCCCGCGUGCCGUUUCACUGCAGUGAGUGUGGCAAGAGCUUUCGCUACCGCUCGGAUCUGCGGCGCCACUUCGCUCGGCACACUGCGCUCAAACCCCACGCGUGUCCGCGCUGUGGCAAGGGCUUCAAGCACAGCUUCAACCUGGCCAACCACCUGCGCUCGCACACCGGCGAGCGGCCCUACCGCUGCUCCGCCUGCCCCAAGGGGUUCCGAGACUCCACCGGCCUGCUACACCACCAGGUCGUCCACACUGGUGAGAAGCCCUACUGCUGCCUCGUCUGCGAGCUCCGCUUCUCCUCGCGCUCCAGCCUGGGCCGCCACCUCAAGCGCCAGCAUCGUGGGGCGCUCCCGUCCCCGCUGCAGCCCGGCGCAGGCCUGCCCGCCCUGAGCGCGCCCUGCUCAGUCUGCUGCAACGUGGGGCCCUGCUCUGUGUGCGGGGGCGCGGGGGCGGGCGGGGGCGGCGCCGGCGGCGAGGGUCCAGAGGGGGCAGGCGCCGCCGCGGGGGGCUGGGGGCUGGCCGAGGCCGCGGCGGCCGCAGCGGCGGCCUCCUUGCCCCCGUUCGCUUGCGGCGCGUGCGCGCGGCGCUUCGACCAGGGCCGUGAGCUGGCGGCCCACUGGGCGGCGCACACCGACGUGAAGCCCUUCAAGUGCCCGCGCUGCGAGCGCGACUUCAACGCGCCCGCGCUGCUGGAGCGGCACAAGCUGACCCACGACCUGCAGGGCCCCGGCGCGCCCCCGGCGCAGGCCUGGGCCCCCGGGGCCGCCGGCGAGGGCGGCGAGGUUCAGCCAGCCUGGGACGGCGGGUUGCUCCUGGGCCGCGCCGGGGGCGGCGUGCCUGAGCUGGGGGUGCUGCUCCCGGAGGGCGGCGGCGAGGCGCCCGCGGAGCCGUCGGAAGACACGCUGUACCAGUGCGACUGCGGGACCUUCUUCGCGUCGGCGGCGGCGCUGGCCAGCCACCUGGAGGCGCACUCGGGCCCCGCGGCCUACGGCUGCGGCCACUGCGGGGCGCUGUACGCGGCGCUGGCGGCCCUGGAGGAGCACCGGCGCGCCAGCCACGGCGAGAGCGCGGGCGCGGGCGGCGCGGAGGCGGCGGCCGCGCCCGCCCGCGAGGGGGAGUCCCCGUCCGGGGAGCCCGCGUCCGCCUCGGGCCGCGGCAAGAAGAUCUUCGGUUGCUCCGAGUGCGAGAAGCUGUUCCGCUCGCCGCGCGACCUGGAGCGGCACGUGCUGGUGCACACGGGCGAGAAGCCGUUCCCGUGCCUGGAGUGCGGCAAGUUCUUCCGCCACGAGUGCUACCUCAAGCGCCAUCGGCUGCUGCACGGCGCCGAGCGGCCCUUCCCCUGCCACGUCUGCGGCAAGGGCUUCAUCACGCUCAGCAACCUCUCCAGACACCUGAAGCUGCACCGGGGCAUGGACUGACACGGCCGGGCCGUGCGCCCCGCCGUCCGACCUCCCCUCCCCGGGGCGCUGGACUCAGGGCCCGGGCCCCGGGGACCUAGGGACCACGAGGGAGGCGCCCCCCACUGGCCCUCCAGAGCCAGGCAUGGGCCCUGGGAAGAGGGGACCCUGGCUGGAGGACAGGGGACCACCUAGCACCUGCACAGGCCCCUGAGCUGGUGGGCGGCAAGACUAACCUCGGGGUCCCGGAUCUAUGGAGAGACUCCUAACCUCGAGGCCCCUGGAACACUUGCUGAGCACCCCCAUAUCAAUCGACCUCUAAGCUGUGGGGAGCUGGGGAUGACAAAGGGGUCUCCACAAGUCCUCCUCCUCUCGAGGGCCCUAAUAAUUAAAGAUGGGCACGCCCUUCCCCACCCAAGGAAAGACUGCCCCUCUUCCUAAGAGCCAUCAUUCCAACCAUCUAGAUCUGGAGAAUGGGGGAACCAUUUCCCUGGAUUUCCCCCCCGCCCCCAAAUGCUAUCCACCAGGAGUCGUCACUGGUGCCCCCAGAUAACAGAUAUAGCCGGAAUCUGCCUCCUCCCCUGUCACUUAGACCCUGUGUGGAAAGAGGACCAGGGUAGUUGCCCGGUCUCGCUCCCCUACUGCGGAAUGGAUGGACCCUGAUGAUCUUCCCCACCCCUCAAAACAUAGAAUAGGCUGGUUCAGAAUCCGACCCCCUCCCCCCGUAGGAUGAACUGAUCCGGAUCCAUGUAGACUCCACCCCCUGUCCACUGGAAUGGGCGGUGCCGGUUGCGGCCUGCACCCCACCUCCUCAGAGCAAAUACCACAGACAUUCCUCCGCGACCUCCAGCGUGGGGGCCGGUCCACGUCAUCUCCUGCUCUGCGAGCUCAAGAGUGGGGCGUGGGGUUCGCCGGGGCAUCCCUCUCGCUCUGCUGUAGCACCUGUCAGUCUUUCCAUAUCUGUCAGUUUGUCUGUGUUCUUCCCAGCGCCAAGGGGAAGGGGGCUUUGGCUGGGGGGGGGGGGGGUGUCCCCUGUGAGCCUCGACCUCGCCCCCUCGCCCCACUCCCCAGCUUCUCCUGGACCCCAAUAAACGCCGUCCUUUCAGCUGCUCCCGUCUCAGGUCCUGAU